CCUGGUGUCUAGUGAUGUUACAUCGAUUUCAGUCGGCCGGGAUUGCAGAUAAUUUUCGGUUGCUGCCCGCUUUCUACACCACCGCUGAUGACCCAGACGUCAAUGAUGGCAAUGACAAAAUCUGACAACAUGUACGAACAGCAGACGACAGUGAUCGUUCCCCGCGGCUGGGAUGUGGAGCAGUUGCCUGAAGAGUUCUCCGUCCCCAGAGCAAAGAUUCCAGGGUAUCUCCUCCUUGGUGCUGGCAUCUUGAAUGGUGCUGCCUUCAUUUUCGUCGUCAAAGUCCUCAUUUCUAGCUUAGAUCUACGCGGUCUCAUCGAGUUCGGCAUUUCGUUCGUUUUGUUUUCUCUUAUUGGGAUCCUUGCCAUUGUUGCAGCGUCUAAGGGUAUGACAAAACGAGGCUUAGUGGUUGCUGUGGUGGUCCUGUCUUCGUUGGCGGUUGUCUACGACUUCGUUGAGAUAAUUAUGCAGUCCAUGGCCGUGUUUUUGGGAGUUGCUGGGAUACAUGCUGAAGAUGAGGACGUCAGAAACUUUGCUAUUAUCAUUCUUGCCGUGGCAGGCUCCAUGCUGUUCAUCUCAUUGCUCGUCUUCGCCGUGCUUAUCGCACUGAUCGUCAUCGGGAGUAAGAGGAUUUGUCAAUGUUGCGGAGCACCUCCUGCGCAAACUCCAGCUGCUGUGCAAUAUCAGGCCACCCCCACCGCACCCCCGCCCUAUUGAGUUGCGAACAAUGACGCCCGACAUGUUGAGCUGGGUCAUACUAUACACUCCGAACGCAGUGGAUUGGCCUCGUCUCUCCAUCUAAGGAGGGGUGAUUAGGAUCGGACUAUCUCAGGAGUCUAGGUCAUGACCAAGUUUGAGGACCAUGGCAGGCGCAUGUAGGCCUAUACCUACCCCGCUGGGACAAUAAAAAAUACCCCCGCCGCAAAGACUCUACAGCAGAUUCUCAGCAUGCAGGACAUCUUGCGCGAUGUCCGAUCAGGACUUGAGGGAUCAGGCAUAUCACUGACCGAAAGUGGUCAUUGUUUUAUGUUGACUUUGUAUGUUGUAGAGCCUGUAUUAUAAUUUCUGUUCAUUAAAUGUGCUAUUU